AUGACAAUCCGAUUAGUCAAGGCAGUUGAGGAGGACCUCCCCGCCAUUGCUCGUAUUGCCACUGCUGCUUUCCACCCAAACACCGACGCCUUGUCGCGACGACUGUUUCCCCCUCAUCUACAGCCGAGGGACCUACCCGACGGUGAGGCAGCUUACGACUGGCGCUCCGCGCGCAAAUCCUCCAGUCUUGCAUCGUCAGAGUCACAUCUUGUUGUCGCAGUAGACGACGAGAAAGAGGGCGAUGAGCGAAUUGUCGGAUUCUCACUCUGGGAUGCACCGCCCGCUACAGAGGGUGAGCCUAGCCCUAGCCAGGAGAUAAAAUGCGCAGCUCUCGAUAAGGAAGCAUUCAAUGAGAUGAAGAAGGUUGUGAAUCAGGAUGCGAUCGACACUUUCGGGGAAAAGGGAAUUGCUGGUGUCUGGCAUCUUGAUUACAUUGGAGUCAGUCCCGGCAACCAGAGACGGGGCAUAGGCAAGAUGCUGCUAGAAUGGGGUCUCGAACGUGCUGCGAAAGAGGACAAGGAUUGCUACUUGGUUGCCACCCAGGCAGGACGGCCAUUGUACGAAGAUGCGGGAUUUGAACCUCUUCGUACUGUGUCGAUUCUGGGGAUACCUCACUAUUCUAUGAUUCUUAGACAUCAGCCAUCUUGA